GUAGUUUGCAUAUUUAAAAUUACAUAUAUGGUAACCUUUUAAAUCAAUCUAUAUAUUUUUAAUUAAAUCUUUGAAUGUGCCUGUGGUAAAUAAACACGCCUGCCCUUUGAGCCCUUGGCUGUGUUUACACAGUGACAUAAGCAGAGAGACACUGUUAGCUGUACAGCACAUGCCAAAGUAUCAGGGUAGACUGCAGGGAGGGAGGCAGUGAAGUGGCACUUACAUAUCUGCUCAGCUGGUUUAUAUUUAUCAUCAGCCUGGAACGACACUCACAGUGGAGAACAGUGGUUAGGUAUUAACCUAGAACUGCAUCUUACAAACAAGCUGGUGAGUGUACAGAAACGGCAUUGUUUGGUCUGUGUUGUUUGAAGAUAUCUACAAGUAAAACCUCAUUAAUUAAAACUCAACCACUCGCUGUAAUCUGAGAGUACAUCCCUCCUGCUGUUCAACCAAAUCAAAAAAAAAAAAAAGACAAAGCGCUUUAAGUGAUGAAAAUCUCAACCCUAUCGAGUUUUUCGCUGUGCGUUGUCCUCUGUGCACACUCAGUACACACGAGGCUUGCGUCGGGGUCGAGUUGAAGAUUUUAAAAAGAGGAAUGGCCUCUUGAUUUUCAGUCCUCAGAAUCUGUAGCUGGGCAUUAUAAAUUGUUGUCAGGGCCUGUCGUGCGAUGCGUUUGGGAAUUUAGUUGGGCUUUUUAACUUCAUGUAACUGUCCAGUUUAACCAUGUUCAACAAAAGAAAAACAAGGGGUUCGUUACUGUCCAGAUAAACAAGGGGUUCGUUACUGUCCAGAUAAACAAGGGGUUCGUUACUGUACAGAAAGGUUUGUUUGCACACUUUCUUCUUGUUGGGUUAACAUUCGCAUUGCAAACCAGCCUACCGGAUUACUUCUGACUGAGAAAACACAGAGAGUGCUCUCUUGUAAAUUGCCAGAGUGUAUUGCAGUGCUUUUGUUUUUUUUGCAAUAGUUUUCACUGGUCUUUGUAUACAUGCAGUGCUGUAGUUGUGUUUUAGAUACACUGAUAUAUACCCAACAUUGUUCAUUUAUAAAGCCCUGAUGUUAAUAAAGCAACUACAAGGUAGCAUAAUGGACCUUCUGAGAUACAGUAGACCCUGGUGUACCAUUCUGUUUACCCCGUUGUGUUUUUGACUUACAGGGCAUCCACACUAAUGCAGAGAUGCCGGGAUCCUGGAUAAACCAGACAGCCCCCUCUCUCCCUACCUCCCAGAACAGCCACUCUGUCUUUGUGUCUGGGAUCAACCCCACCGAGGAUCUGAGACAGGUGGAUGAGCCAGACGACCCCAUCGCUAGAGCGGAGGUUCCCAGAGCUGGGUUUACCCAGGCAAGCAGUCCUCUCUCACCUCUUCCCCUUCUCUCGCCUCCCCUGGCACACCUUGUUGCCCUGCCCGAGAUCAAUAGCAAUAACCCUAUGAAAAAGAUGGAGGGAGAAGACUCUCGCUGUUCCAGUGUCUGCAGCUCUUCUGUGGAGAGACGUAUUCAGCAGGAGCAGAAGUGGCAGCUUUGGCACGAGUUCAUGCACGCCUACUCCCGGUUCAACGACUGGCUGCGAUUGGCCGAGAGCAUGGCCUCCUCACCAAACUCCGCCCACGUGCUUUACAUCACUGCGAAGGAGGAGCUGAAGAAGUUUGAGGCGUUGCAGAGGGAGAUCCGGACUCGCCUGUCCGAACUCGAGUCCUUGAACCUGCAGUACUGCAGGCUGGUGAAGGACACGGGUCUGGGGGCAGGGCCAGGGGAGAGCGGACGUCUCCGCAGAACAAUGCAGGAUGCCAGCCAGCGCUGGGACGAUCUGAGCAAGCGCACCGCUAGCAUCUGCCGCAGGCUCCAGCACUUUGUGAGGCAGCGCGAGGAGUUUGAGAGCGAGCGGGAGAAUAUCGGGAUCUGGCUGGCCGAGAUGGACCUGAGGCUGGCUGAAGUGGAGCAUUCCUCAGGGUGGAACACAGCCGACAAGAUGAAACAGCUGCAGGCGUUCCAGCAGGCAGUGUGUGAGAACGCCGAGCGGCUGAACGGGUUGCUGGUUCGAGGGGAACGGCUGAUCCAGCGCAGCGAGCCGCAGGACGCAGUCGAGAUCGAGGACUCCCUGCAGGAGCUGCUGCUGUACUGCACCCGGGUCUUCGAGGGGGUGGGGAGUCUACACACACGCCUGCUAAGCAUGAGGCUGGUGUUUGAAGAUGUCUGGAUGUCGGGCUCAGACUGCCUCUCGGAGAUCCUCUGGGAGGACGAGGGGAUAUACGACCGGAGCAGCCCCUCUGACCAGCAGCCCCUGGCUCCCAGUGUCUACACUGGUUCCAGUCGGGACUCUCUGGCCCUGGAGUGGGACCCCUCCGUCGAUGUGGGCGGGUCCGCCUUGCACGACGACGCUGACUCCUCCUACUUCAGCGCCAUCACAGGUUUGCACCACUUAGAAAAAGCCUUAUUGAAGCAGCCUUCCACCAAGAGAAGAUUUCUGAGCUCCCUGUACGCUCGUCUGGGCACUGAGCCUGCAGAGUGUAUCAGAAGCAACAGCGUGGGGUGGGGAGACAGCUUGACUGCGGUUCCAGACGCUCAGGUUUUAGGUGUCUCUCCUGAAGACCUGUCCAGUUCCUCUAGAUCCUUUAUGUCUGCCGGACACUUCCCUGCAACGGAACCAGUCACCUUUGACCCAGAACGCAUCAGCGCCUGGCUCGGCCAGACAGAACCUGCUCUAGAACACGCCCGGAACUUUCCCAAGGAGAUGUGCGGCAGGGCAGACCGUCUGAGAAGAGGGGCGGUUCGGGAUCAUCGUCUCCCUCCUCAAGACACAGGGGUGUGUUCUGUAGAAAGAGACUCCUUACAGCCGAAACUCAGUGCCUUUCCCAGUCAGAACGGGUGCCAGCUUGGCAUUUGUUCAGUUCCCACAUGGAAUAGAAGAAGAAAUUACAAAAAUCAGUUUCGAGAGAUGCAGCAAAGUUCUCCUCGCCAGGCGGAAGUCAGGAUCACCAUCGAGAAUGAGUCUGAAGAGGAUGAUCCCGUGAGGUCCAAACGUCUCCUAUGGGUUCUGAAGACAUCCUUGUCCUACCGCCUGGUCAGAGUCGCCCUCUUCGUCCACUUCCUGCUGGCUGUUCUCUUGGGGGUGGUCAGCCAGAUCCCGGUCAGCGCGAAGGACUUCAGCUGUCAUCACGCCAACAACUUUGCCCGGUCUCUCCAUGUCAUGCUCCACUACGUCAAUGGACCACCCCCGACGUGAAGCCAGCGAGCGAGAGAGGAGGACCCCAGGAACCACCCUCAGGGAGCAUCUACAGAGCUUCUGCAGACAGCUGCAGUACCGCAUUGAGGAUCUGUGUGUCUGUCUGCAAGCUGAGCGCUCUGGGAAAACCCUUUCAAACAAAACUAUUGGUCACAAAUGUACCCCUGAAAUAUCUUUCCUUUUAAAUAUGAUUUGGCUAUAUAUAUAUACAUACAUACAUACAUACACACACACCUCUGUUCACCUCUCAACGAUAGUAGAAGUUACUUGAUAAAAAUUUAAUGCGAAGGACACACGAGAGACAGGCUGGUUUUUAAAUCUUGGACUGCAGGGAAAAGAAUAAAUAAAUAAAUACAUAUUAGUAGAGAGCUGUGAAUAUACUUAUUAUACUGCCAGGGAAAUACUGUGAGGUUGUGGAGUUAGUAAAUACAUAUUACUCAACGCAAUCCAAACGGGUUCGGUUACAGACUUGGGCUGGAACCAGCGGUAAGCAGUCCCAGUUUGGUACCGGGAAAGAGAAAUAAUUUUUUUGAAAUACAGCGUUAAGCAUUACAGACACACUCCAUCUUCCAUGAAACUGUUGUACAGAAUGCAGGAUACGUGGCUGUCAAGAUCGGAAGGUUGUUAAUAUCAGUCAUUCAGCGGACACUUUUAUCCAAAGAGACUUGGAGACUAGGGGGUGAACUCUGAUUUAACAACUGCUGCUGCUGCAGAGUCACUUCCAAUAGGACCUCGGUUUCUUGUCUCAUCCAAAGGACAGCUUGUCAUUCUUUUUAAACACCUUGUGCCUUUAUAAAAAACGCCUUUGCUUUUAGAACCCGUGUGUAGGUCUGUGAAGGAGACCCACAGGAUCUAGCCCAAGACUGUCAGCUGCUUAAAGGUUUGACUUUGCCUUUAAAACGUCGAAGAUAUGUCUAGAAAGAGGUUAGUGUUUUUACCCAUAAUCCCUUAGAUUACUACACUUUUUUUUUUUAUAACAAGGAGAAAAACGAACCAGACUCCUGGUUUGACAGGCAACAUUUUUAGACGUUCUGACUGUAAAUAGCUUUUAAAUGGUAUAAAAUUAGUAACAACCAGCACAGAAUUGGCUUGUAAGUUUAGUUUUUCUUGUCUGACAAUUUGUCUUUGCGCUUGUGUUGAAAAGUUAUGAAGAAGUGAUGUGCUGGCGUGUUUGGUUUGACUUCCCUUUCACUAGAAGCAUCGAAUCAUGAUAGUCUGGAUUAGAUAAUGUAGCACAGUUUGGAACAGACCGGAUCUUAAAUCCAGUCUUCAGGUUUUUGUCAAGCCACCUCUGCACUGAUGUGUUGUGCGCAUUAUAAAAUAAGUUUAGUAUCAAAUGAGGGAGAAAAAAAAAACCAUAAUUCAUCAAUAAAAUAAACUGGAUGAUCAUUUCUCACUUGUUCAGCAUUGUUUUUGUGUUUCGAUCGUCCUCGAAAUGGAAUAAGUUUGCACAAAGGUUUUUAUUUUUUAUUUUAUUUUUUUGCAAACAUUUUCUCCACCUUAUCCCCCAAAAUACUUCCAGCGAUGAUGUGCGAUUUCCGCACGCUUUUCCCAGAAUUGGGACGCUCUAAAAAGAUUGGGGGGGGGGACGACUUUGUGUUGUGUGAAUAUUAUUAACUGUCCUAACCCUGUGAUUAGGACACUUCAUAAUAAUGCCAAUUUUUAAAGGAAUAAAUAUUAAGAAAUCAUUUUUUUUUUUAAUCCAUUAGUGCUUUUAUUUAAAGCGUUUCAGUACCAAAGGCUAUACAUUAUAUUCUGUAGCAUGCACUCUUCAUCCAUUUCUUCUGCAAAUUAUAAUUAAGGUCACACAUCACAAGUCUGACGUGUGUUUUUGUAUGCAUGCGGAUGGGGGAGGGGGUAUUUACAGCUCCACGUAGGGAGGGGGGAGAGGUAUUCAACGAGAUUGGAUUUUUGACAAAGAUGUAUUUCAUACUUCCAGUGCCAUGGAGAUUGAAAAAGCUUUUAGGUUGAGGGUAUAAAUCUUGACAUCAGGAGCAGAAUGAAUCCCCCGAGCAUCACUAUUAAGAGGUAACCUCACAAGCGAGAUGAAUUGAAUUUUACAUCUCCAGCAAAAACUGAAAAGUUAAAAAAAAAACCUGACAUUUCUUUUUAAUUAGCUUUAAGUCAAUUUUUGUCAGUUUGAUUAAUAAAUAAUAUUUUGUUGUUCAUGUUCUGCUGAGCUCAGUGAAACAGACUUAAUGGGAAACAGAAGCCACAGGAGAAGUCCUAGCCAAGCUGCCACAGUGUUGCUGAACGAUGGACUCUACACGUCAGUGCAUCACCUUCCUUCUGCAUGAGGGGUUAGAGCAUUUUACAGCACCAACAGAAUUGGCCACGAAAACAAAAACAAAGUUUAGCUAGCUUGGCAUGGGUUUAAAGAAUGCAAACGUCAAAAUCUACAACAGCUAGACCACACACAUCUAGCUAUAGAUAUGACAAUAAGGCACAAAACCAUGCUGGAAUAAAUAUGCUUGGUUCUGUAAAAUCAUUUUUUAUCUGUAAUGACUACAGCUUCAAGCGAGAUUGGGGAAAAAAAAAAAAAAAUUUAAUUCAUCUGGUCUCAUCCUCCUUGCAAAGAAAUGUGUAGCGGGGAUGCAAUCUCAUUCCGCAGAUCAGUCUUCAGAAAAGCACUGUAGGGAGGGAGAGAGGGGGAUGCGGAGAGAAGGAACACAAACAGUUUCUGGCUGAAUGCUAAUUGCGGAUUGAAGGAAACCAACAGGAUGAAAAUAAUUGAAGCAGAGAAUUGCUGUGCUAAUAUACACUUCAACCAAAUUAAGUAUAAUUUAAGGGUUGAUUUGCCCUUAUAAUGUUGUUGAAGCUAACAUUAUGUUGUUGAAACUGACACCAUGGGAUCCUUCAAGAAGC